AUGAAUCGGGCUGUCACAGAACCGACAAGAUUACUUGAGGCUUACAGUGAACAUUUGACGGACUCUGGUGGGAUUAUGCAGCAGUCCGUCUCUGCAUUGGUGGAGUUGAUGUCGUCGGCCAACCGUAAACUUGUUCCAAAAUGCAUUUCUUUGUGUAUUAUUGCUUCGUCGUCUCCAGAAACACAAUUGCAGUUAUGUAAAGAUGGCGCAUGGGAGAUAUUACUUAAAUGGCUUCAAGAAGCCCUCAAAGAGGAUAACUAUGCUUUUUUGUUAGAGCUCUUAAAAGUGUACUUGCUACUUCCUGUGAGAUUGGAGCAGCUUACCCAAAAUGUUUGUCCCAAACUUAUAAAUUCUUUGACGAAACGUUGUGAUCAUGAAGAGGUAAAAUCUGUGGCUGCUGAGAUUGUAAAAAAAUGGAAAGAAGUUAUAAGUUCUGAUUCCCGUCAGUUGGUCUCAAAUCAUGUAAAAAGGAAAAAAGUAGAAUCUGAAACAAAAACAAUUAACAAAGAUGCUCAGUCGCAUGACCCGUUAAAAGAUGAGAAGAAACGCCGGAGUACUGUUAAAAUACCACCUAAUAAUAUGCGGACAGCAGGUAUGGAAGAUACACCUGCACAACCCCAGCCUAAAUCUAGAUCAGAUAUAUUCGCGAAGAAAAACAAAGUCGAACAUGAUAGAAGUCUGACAUCUGAACUCCCGAUAGAAUCCUUUCAUCAAAAAAUAACUGUUACUCCGACGGAAUCUCGCAAAGAGAUUCAUGAGAGUUCGGAUUUUAUCAAUGCACUCACCACUUCUCCAUGUCCCGUUGUUCGAAAGAAGAGGAAAAUAUCUCCUAAAAUUGAGCCAGUUGUACAAACUGAUCUCCAUACUAGCAAAGAAGAAAAUUAUACGGAGUUAUCUGAUCAGAGCAGCGCAUAUGAUUCAUUUUCGAACUCCCCUAAGGGAAUGGGCUCCAGGAAAUCUUCAUUGUCUAACAUCUAUUCAACCUUCCCUGCUGAGAAUAAACCUAAAAAACGAGUUUCCUGGGCUGAUGAGGACAAGCUACAGUCUUUCUACUAUUUUGAGCUAGAUGAGUCUGAGAGAGUUAAUGUGAAUCGUGUGUCCAUUGAGGAUAUUCGUCGCAAGGAACAUUCAAUGGAACGUCAGCUUUUCAAACGAUCCCACGAAGACACCGAUGUCUAUUCUCAGAAGUGGCACCCUCCUUGUCCAUUAGAACGACUUCUCUUGGUCGAACCAGGUUGUAAAUCUAUUGAACGUCAGAUUCAAUUAGAACGAGAACGUUGUGUUCUGCAAGCAAUCUACUUUACUCGUGAAAGUAUUCCAUAUAGUCCAGAAGAGCCUGAUGCAGAAGUUGUGGAGCAUAUCGCUCCUCUUGAUAUACCAUUGGAUGAUCUUACUGCCUACGAAUCAAUUGAUAAAAGUUCUGAAGUUAAUUCUGAGAGGCUAUUAGUUAUGAAAGAUGCCAUGGGAAAUCCACAGAUGUCAUUAAAUCCCGAGGUUGCUAACCUUGUCAAGUCUCUGGCGGCUAAUCUCACUAGUUCUCCGUCUGAUCUUGUUCAAACGAUGCCACCUCAAAUGAACCCCGUCUUAACUACAACAUCCUGUUCUGACUUCAAUUUACAACCAAAUGCUUUUGUUCCUGUUUCUAACGACACAAAAAUGAACGUAAAUAGUCCUAAUUCUGAAUCGGUACGUGGAACUAACGCUCAUUCUCCGAUUGAUCAAAUGCUACAAAGAGAAUUGUGGGAAGUUUUGGAGCAGAAUUAUCCAGACAUUAAUGUUCAUGACUUAAGUGCGGAGCGCAUUCGAGAUCUACUCGAACCGUUACGUGAUCAACUCGUUGCUCGAGGUAUUUUUCAGCUUCGUAACCCAUGCCCACCAAAACCACCUCUUCAGUAUCCUGACUGUCCAGUCGAUCCUCCUGUCCCACGCCAUGGCUUCCGUCCUCCUUUCCGUGGUCCUUCGCAUAUGCCUGUCCCCGUCCCUAGAUCUGAUUUUAUACCACCUCCCCAUGGACCAAGGUUAUGUCCCCCUAAUCCUUCUGGUUAUGGGCCUUCAAAUCGAAUGCCUAACAGGCCAUCCUUUCAGUCAAUGAAUCCCACCUUACCUCAUCUCAUUCCUAAUCCGAUGCCUCCUUAUAAUGGUCCGCCAGCAUCUCGAAUGCCUGCUUAUCCUCGUGGAAACUCUCAUGCUAGGAAUAAUGGUCAGCCUUGUAAGUUCUUUCAACAAGGAGGAUGUCGUAAUGGUCACUCCUGCAACUUCAUGCACUCUCGGUGA